AUGGGGCGACUUAUGAGACCUACCGCCCUCCAGAUAGUGAUAUUGGCGUUGACUGCGGUUCUUGGAGUUUCUAUCUGGUCACUAUGGCUAGGAGUCAACUCUGAUAGAGACAACAUCCAUCCGCUACUGAAUCAUCUAAUCCCCGCUGGCCAUUGUGCUUGCCAGGCUUCUACUAUCUUUAAAUGUGACAACUGUCUUCAGUGUCCCGCCCAGCCAUUUCUUGACACUACUUCCUCGUCCUUUGCACCUCCCACGCGGUCUGUCUUUAAUCCCUUUGAGUAUUCCUACAAUGAAACUCAAUGCACCACUUUGUUCCCCGGUCUUUUUGAAGAUCCUCUCCGUGCCCAGUUAUUCUGGACAGCCAGACAUGGAAUUAGCAGGGCUGAUAUCGACAAUAUCAACAUGGUAGAUGGGAUGGCUAGGGUAGCUGUCUACCAAGGACGGCUUUAUGUUCAUAGAGCUCUAGCCAAGGGGGAGGAUCACCGCCGCAAGAUCCUGGGGAUCUUGAGUUCAAUUCAUCGUGCCCUAGUCUCGGCGCCACAUGCUAUCCCAGACACGGAAAUUAUCUUCUCCGUAGAAGAUAAAUUGGAGGACAUCGCCGGACCAGACCAUCCUCUCUGGGUAUUGGCACGGAAGGCUACCGAGGAGUCCGUUUGGCUUAUGCCGGAUUUUGGCUUCUGGUCUUGGGGCCACAUUGAUAGUCGAAUUGGACCGUAUGACGAGGUAGUUAAACAUGUGGAAAAGGAUGAGCUACCUUGGGAGGAAAAACAGGAUAAGCUGGUCUGGCGCGGAAAGCUGAGUUUUGCCCCGAAGCUACGCCGUACACUUCUUGAGAUUGCACGGAAUUACGCCUGGGGAGAUGUUAAAGAAGUUGAGUGGAAGAAUAAGGCCAACUACCUUAGCAUGGAAAAACAUUGCGAUUACAGGUUCAUUGCUCACGUGGAAGGUCGUUCCUACUCUGCAUCUCUCAAAUAUCGCCAGGCUUGCCGAUCGGUAGUAGUGAUUCAUAAACUGCAAUAUAUCCAACAUCACCACUACCUUCUCGUCUCGUCCGGCCCUCAGCAGAACUUUGUUCAAGUGGAAAGGGACUGGACAGAUUUGCCACACAAGAUACAAGAGCUUCUAGAUGACCCUGCGAAGGCUCGUAUGAUUGCAGACAACAACGUGAAAGUAUUUCGUGAGCGGUAUUUAACUCCAGCCGCUGAUGCUUGCUACUGGAGGGCGUUGCUACUGGGCUGGGCCACUGCAUCGCCUGAGAUCACCGACACCAUCAGUGACCCAACCAGUGCUCUUAACAGAGGGAUUCGUUUAUCAAUACAAACAUCCACCAAGUCGACUGCGAAGCCCGGAGAGUUUCCCUACCAGGUCUCUCUACAAACCAAUUCACCUACAUGUGGAGGAAGCAUUAUCGACCCUAAGCAUAUUCUCACUACUGCCCAGUGCGUGAGGGGUAUGAAGGCGAGCUCGAUCAAGGUUAGAGCUGGCUCACUGCGGCAAGACUCAGGUGGGCAAUUCGUCACAGUGGUGAAGAAUAUCCAGCAUCCUGAUUACGAUUACAAUACUGCUAAACACGAUAUUGCUGUUCUUGAACUGCAGAGCAGUCUCGAAUUCGGACCAGAUGUUUCUGCUGUCGAACUUUCCGCUUCUGAGGCAGACACUCCCGCAACAAAAGCCAAGGGCUUGGUCGGCGGCUGGGGAGCUACUAGCUAUGGCAGAGGAGGUCCUACCAAUCUGAGGUUCACAGAAGUCAGUAUUGUUGAUCACAAACGCUGUGUCAGCGCCUAUUCAGGUUCCAGUGGUGUCGAUGACGUGAAUAUUUGUGCGGGUGUCGAGGUCGGGGGAAGGGACGCUUGUUAA